AUGCCGUUCACUGACGUCGUAAACACUCGUGAUACCACAACUAACAGCGCCCACGCUGCUCCUACAUGCGCUACCAAACGCGCAUUCACCGGACAUGAAGACAUCGACGCAGCCUGUGGUGUGACCAAGAAACCACGAAUCGAAGACGCUGCGUCUUCAGAUGCGACAGGAGAAUCUGCUGCAAGCACGUCCCCACCAAACCCCUACACCAUCCUCUCGGCCCCUUGCCCAACAUACAUACAACUGCGGUUCCAGCUUGCUCGCUUCCGAGGCGUCUACCGUGUCCACGCGCAUCGCUCUGAGAUAUGCACGAACGUCGUGAUGUACUCCCCCAGCAACGGGCGCAAGGGCGAAAUCAAGAAGUACGGCGUAGCCCCGCCGCCAGAGCCAGACAGGGACGAGGACCUCGAAGAGUGGUUUGCGUGGAUGCAGAAGUGGCACCAUCCGAAUAACAACCCGGUCAUGGAGGUCGUCCCCUGCGGCAUGCGCAACAGGAGGCCGCUGACGUACGGUUUUGAAGAGCCCAUAUCCUACGAGAUCAAGCAAAACCAUGAAGUGACCGUUGGCGACGUGUGGAGUCUGGAGAGAGACCACAAUGCGAGCGGAGGAGAGUGUGCCAAUGACGAGAUCGCAGUCAAGCUCCUGUACGACCUUGGCUCGAGCUGGGAAGUCCAUAUUUCAGUGGAGCCUAACCACGAGGGAUCAUUCGGUUUUACGUACGAUCCGCCAAAGAAUGUCCCAAUUAUAGUGACAGCGAAAGGCGCCCCUCCUAUUGAAGACACGCACGGUGACGUUCCUGGGGAGCUGGACGCAAAGAAGAAGAAAGUGUCUAAGCUACUUUUCGCGCCGAAUAGCUUUGCGAAGUAUCUCGCUGGAGAAAUAGGCACUUCUUCUCGCAAGAUGGAAUUAGCUGUCUACAACGUCGCAGAAGAGGCCAAAAGGCAGCGUGCGGCCGCAAAGGAGAGGGAGGAGCGGCGCAAGCAGCUGGAGAAGGAAAGGGAGGAGAGGUGCACUAGAGGGGAGGAAAGCGACGAGGACGACGAAGAAGACUACGAGUGA